UUGAUGGCCAAAGCCAGUAUAAAUAAAUGUUAGAUGGCAAGCGUCUCCGCUCGGCAUUCUCUAAUGGCUACAGCAAUGACAUCCCAAAUGGCCCAGAGUACGGGAAGGCAAAGGCACUGCACGGCUGGAGGUUCUUCAUCAGGGAUCUUAUCCACAGCCUGCCCCUUUCUCUGUUGGCUUGCCCUGCUGUCAGUGUUUCGGUUGCCAGUAGCAACAGCUGAGUGCUGGCUUAUCGAAGGGGAGAAAGGCUUUGUGUGGCUGGCUAUCUGCAGUAUGAACCAGCCUCCUUAUGAGGCCAUCCCCUCCCACAUCAACAGCACCAUCGUAGACCUGAGGCUAAAUGAGAACAAGAUACGGUCAAUCCAUUAUUCCUCACUCAGCCGCUUUGGUAAUCUUACCUAUCUGAACCUCACCAAGAACGACAUCAGCUAUGUGGAAGAUGGAGCAUUCUCAGCACUCUUCAACCUCCAGGUUCUCCAGAUGGGCUUUAACAAGUUGAGGAACCUGACAGAGGGGAUGCUGCGGGGCCUGGGCAAACUGCAGUAUCUCUACUUGCAAGCCAACGUCAUUGAAACCGUGACACCCAACACCUUCUGGGAAUGUCCCAACAUAGAGAACAUAGACCUCUCCAUGAACAGGAUCCAGAUGUUGGAUGGAAGCUUGUUCUCUGGACUCUCGAAGCUGACCACCUGUGAACUUUACACGAACCCCUUCAACUGCUCCUGCGAGCUGCUGGCGUUCCUGCGCUGGCUCGCAGCCUUCCCCAACAGGACCACGGAGAGGAUGGUGUGCGACUCCCCUCCUGGAUUCUCCGGCUACAACCUGCUGAGCCAAAAUCCCCGCAUGCCCGCUCAGCGGAACGCUCUGCACGUGCUCAGUCUGGUGUGCACAGACGACGGCAGCAGCGUGACGCCCUUCUACAUCAUUGACUCCACCACCAUGUCACCUGACUUCGGCUCCCCCUGCGGAUUGGACGACUGCGCCUCCGGGAAUCCCCCUGAGGAUGUAAUAAGCCUGAGCCCCAUCUCCUCUGACCCCAAGCCCAAAAUGACGGUAAAAAAGGUGCAGCAUUCCAGCGCAGUGAUUACAGUUGAGAUUCCCCAUCCGUACAAGAAAAUGUACAUCCUGAUGCUUUAUAACAACAGCUUCUUCACGGAUAUCCGGAAUCUGAAAAAACAAGUAGAAGACGUUGAGCUGAAAGACUUAAAACCCAACACCAACUACACGUACUGUGUGGCUUCUAUAAGAAACUCUCUGCGCUUCAACCACACUUGCUUAAUCGUUUCAACUGGACGGAGAGAAGGAGCCGAGCGCCUGCCCAACCAGUCCUCAGCCACCCACUACAUCAUGACCAUCAUAGGCUGCCUCUUUGGCAUGCUGCUGUUCCUUGCCCUUGUUGUCCAUGGCCUGAGGAAGAGGAAGAUGAUGGAGGAAAAGGAGAAGAAAAUGAGCAGGAUCCAGCGGACUCUGAUAGAGCUCAAGUAUGGUGGAGACGGGGAUAUAGAGGGCGGGAGCGGAGAAUGCGUUUCCCAGAACCUUGCUGGAGGCGACAGCAUGUCCAGAAUGCCCUACCUACCUCAAGGUGCAGAAAUAGAUCCCUACAAGCUGCAGGAGGUGAAAGAAACACCGGGGCACAAGUCUGCCAAGCUGAACUACAUGGACGUCAGAAGCUCGGGCAUUGAAAGGGAGAUAUCCCCCCAGGAGAACCCCCAGGGCUCAGUGGCAGAGAUCUCCACAAUCGCUAAAGAAGUGGACAAAGUUAACCAGAUCAUCAACAACUGCAUCGAUGCUCUGAAGUCUGAGUCCACCUCCUUCCAACAGGGAAUCAAAUCCCCCUCCUCUUCAGGUGGGGGGGCCGUUUCAACCGCAGAGCCACAAUUGGUUCUUCUGUCCGAGCAGGGAGAGAGGGGAGAAAGGGGCGGAGAAUUCCUCUCUCCGGUAUAUAAAGGAGGGAGAGGCGGGAAAGAUGAAAGGGGGAGGAGUUACCACCAUUCACUGCAGCGGCACCACAGCAUGGAAGCUCCACCCACGUCCAAAAGACCCAGCACCUCCUCUUCUCCUGGCUCUGCAAGGAGCCCUCGCUCCUUCCGCUCAGAGGGGGGGUACCACUCGUCAGAGUCUCGGUACAUUGAGAGAGCCUCACCGGGAGAAAGAGGAGAGCGAGGGGACCGAGGAGGUGGAGACUGCAUCCGUACAAUAACCCCGGCUGCGGUUAUCCUGAGAGCCGAGGCGCAGAGAAUCCGCCAGUACAACGAGCACCGGCACUCCUAUCCCGGCUCCCAGCAGCACCUCCAGGAGAUCCAGCACCACCCCCAGAUCCUGCAGGAGCUCCACCACCACUCGGGAGCCCGCAAGCCGUCCGUCUUAGACCCCCUCACCCUCAGCCGGCAGGCCAAGCAGCGCGAGUUAGCCUACUCCCAGCUCUCCCCGCAUUACCCGCUCUCCCCCCAGUACCACAACCUCAGCUACUGCUCCAGUACGGAGGAAGACGAGGAGGAGGAAGGGCUCCUAUGUACCCCGACGCUGGGACUCUGGGAGCGGUUCAAAAUGCACCGCAAGAGGCACCGGCAGUCCUCCAUGGAGGACGAAGGGUACGUGGCAGCCGGGCACGCGCUGAGGAGAAAGGUUCAGUUUGCCAAGGAUGAAGAUCUUCAUGACAUACUGGACUACUGGAAGGGCGUGUCUGCCCAGCAGAAGGCCUGAUGCCACACAACGUGGAAGGGAACACACACUGAUAAAUACACACACACACAUACAGACCUUUUUUUCGUGUAAAUACUGACACACAAACACUUUACAGAAAGCCUUUUCCUCCCAGAAUGUGGAUGAGGACCAAACUUAUAUUAUCUUGAACAGAGUUCAUCACUUAUAGAGUUACUUUUUUGUAAUGUAAUAUGAAAUAUAGCUCAGACCUAUGUAGCUAUUUGUACUAAACGAAAGAGCGUCAAAAUUAGGAGAAAAUGUGAACGUUGUCGGGAAACUCAUCCUGAUGUUUUCGAACUACCCCGAACUCUUUGAACGUGGGUCAGCGCCCGGCGAGGAGAAGGAGGAUUAGCGUUCUUGUUGCAUUGCGUCCUGCGAUUCAACUGAACUUUUUUUUAUUAUUAUAAUUUUGAAGAAUCUACUGUGAAUUGGGAGAUAGAAACCAUAAGGUGGACAGAUUUUGGAAUGGGUCCCCAGACAGCAGUGAUAUUUAACUGUGCUGAGAAGAGCAGGUAGUUCUCACCAGAGAGUGAGUAUCAUGUGCCAAAUCAACCAAGGGGAUAGUAGAGCCCUACUGUGUACCAACUUUUCCUCACCACUGUUUUUAUAUACUGACUUAAGAAAAAGAAACAGAACAACUCUGAUACGUUGUUAUUUAUAUUCAUUAUUCUUAUUCUCAUUACUGGUCUUCUUAUUAUUCCUCCUCAUGACUAUUCUGUUGUUUAACUACGGCAUGGCUCUGUUGUGUGAUUUUUGACCGUUUCGAUGAACAGAGACAAACUGUAAAGUGACAUUCUGCUCCACCAGGAGGAGCGCACUCCUCCGCUGAGCCAAAACCCCAGGAAAAACUCCUUCAGUGCGUUCUCCUCAUUCGACUCUGUACAGAUGGGAGAGUAGUUCUAUAUUUGCAACAGAGGAGACUGUUUUCUUUGUACAACCUGACUUUUCAAAAGAGUUAGUUACUCACAGACAUAUUUUUUUCUUUUUUGGGAAAAUUCCACUUCUGAACUUCAAAUGAAUGUCUUCAAUUCCCACAGGGAAAGCAUAACUGCACUGUUUUAAAUCAAAAAAACAAAUAUUUUUUUGGUCUCCUAUCCAACA